AUGUCAGUUCAAGGAUAUCAUGAUUCGGCAUUACCUACAUGUAUCAUUCAUAUAAAACCAACUGUGACUAAUAAUGAUGAAAGUUCACCAUUGUUUGUUUGGAUUCCUGGUAACCCUGGAUUGUUAGAGUACUAUCAGGAAUUUUUGGCUAAAGUUCAUGAUAAAAACCCUACCUGGGAGAUUCUAGGCAUAUCUCAUGCUGGUACCGUAAUUGAGUCGAGCCAAUUAAAGAAGUUUAGAAAGAAUCCAUUGCCCAUUUAUGACUUGAAGCAACAAACACAACAUAAGAUUGAUAUAAUCAAUAAGAUUAACAAUGAUCCCAACAGGGAGCUUGUAAUUAUGGGGCAUUCAGUGGGUGCUUAUAUUGCACAACAUGUCGUUAGCUCGCCUGAUUUAGUGGGUCGAGUCUCUAAACUUGGUCUAAUAACUCCUACUAUAAGAGACAUACAUAAAUCAUCGCAUGGUCUGAUAUUCACAAGAGUUUUCAACUAUAUUUCCAAUGUAAAUGAAUACUUAUCAUUUAUCAGCUCGAAUAUAUUUAACAAGCUUAUACCAGCAUAUUGGACAAAGCUCUUAAUUUCGUUCGCUAUGGGAUGUUCUUUUGAUGAAUAUCAUAUUAUCCUAGGUACUUUCUUGCUACUAACCCAACGGGAAACGUUACGUCAAGUGUUAGGAUUGGCGGCGCAUGAAAUGCUAGAAAUUAGAGAUGAUUGGGCUUUUCAAGAGAAUUUACUAACUAAGUGUAAAGACAACGGUACGAAGUUGUGGUUAUUGUUUAGCGAUAAUGACCACUGGGUCUCACAACACACUCAAGCAGAGUUGAUAAAGUUUCUGAAAGACAGAUAUCCGGAACUAUUGCUCAGAGUUGAUGUGGACAAAGAUAUAAAGCAUUCAUUUGUGGUCAAAGAUGUUGAUCUCGUGACUAGAAGAUACUUUUGA